AUGGAUGAACACGCGACUACCCCGGUUGUAGUCCAAGCGUAUGUACCGACGUCCCCAGCUACCUCAUCUACUUACCUAUAUAUUCUUCAAACCCAAACUCUCUUCUUUCAUCCUCAACCCUCUCUCUUCUCCUCCCUCACUACCUACACUCUCUACAAGGUCAAUCUUGCACCAACUUCAAAGGUCAUGUGCUUCUCAACGCUCACCGCUUACAUUCCUCGCAAGCUUGCCCAUGUCUUCGCUCGAACGAACAUGAGCACCGAGGCCGCCGCCAUCGGCUCAUCAACCAACCCACAAGACUACGGCACUAUCCAAGAUGUAGAUGGCUACAUGCCGCCAGGAGCCAUGGACCACCAACUUCCCAAGCCCGGAUCACCCUCAUCUGCUUCACGCAAAGCAUCUCAAGCGGAAGACUCUCAGGCGCUAAGCCAGGAGGAGGACCACGAAACGGGACUUGUCACUGACACGGUGGCUCUUGAAAGCGAGGAUGACACCACUCGCAUGCAUGAGCUGGCUGGGUCCACGAUGUAUGUUCCGCAGUCUGGAUCCGCAGGUCAGCUCGUGACUGGUGACGACACCUCCUUGUCAAAGGCCGUAGACAGUCGCGGAACGGCCUCCCAGGGCGGGUCAGCCUUGGGAAGUACAACGAGUCCGAGCAGCGACUGUGAACAGCGUGUUGUCAAAAGUGGGGAGAACGGUGAAUUGGCGGACGAGCGCACGCACGAGUAUGCAGAUGAGUCUACCGACAAGCACUCAGACGAGUGCACCCUUGCCCACACAGACGUAGCCGGGGACGGACACGGCGCUGCCAUCGAAGUCCAGAGGGACAACGACAACACAACUCCCAUCAACAGCGACACCGACAGCGACGGCGGCGUUCCGCUUCCCCGCGAUGAUUACUUCAGCAUGUAA